AUGAAUGACGCAAGAAUAAGGUUUAUUACUCGAAAACGGGCUGCACUCAAGUCUCAAUUAACUAGAGUCCAAGAAUUGUUUGAUGAGGGCGAGUACGAAGCCCUCAGUUUAAGAGCUAGAGUCACACGUGUCUCCGAACUUUAUAAUAACUAUGAAGAAUUGAAUGAUGAAAUUGCCAUUUCACAACCCGAUCAUCCUCAUCUCGAUGAAUUUAAUGAGAUACAAGAUAGAUAUUUUACAUUACUGGGUAAAAUAAAUGAAGCCCUCAAUAUUACUCAGAAUUUAACUCCACGAGAAUCGCUUCUGUCUGUCAAUGAAAUUGUUCCCAAUGAACCACCCCGUCGGCGGACGAUCAAACUGCCACAAAUUACUCUGCCAACAUUCGACGGUAAAUAUUCCAAUUGGUUGAAUUUUAAAACAGAGUUUCUAGAACAUAUCGGGGAAUUACAAGAUCUAAGCGACGGUCAAAAAUUCCAAUACUUGAAACAAUCUCUAAUUGGCGACGCCAAAAGUAAAGUACAUCUCUUCACUGCAACGCGUAAUAACUAUCACAAAGCAUGGGAGAUUCUCAACCGUGCAUACGAAGUUAAACGAAUUUUGAUUAAAGAACAUUUGGCGAAAUUAACUAAAUUACCAGUUCAAAGAGAUGAAAAUACUGAAGGCCUCGUCAAAUUGGCAGAUGAAGUUCAACAAAAUGCCGAAAAUUUGAAAAAUCUAGGCGUAUCAAUUAGUUCAGAAAUGCUCGUACAUCUGAUAGAAGAUAAAUUACAUAAGAAAACAUGCGAGAAAUGGGAAGAAUCCCUAAAAAGAGAUGAAUUCCCAACAAUAGACGAGAUGUAUGAAUUUUUAUAUCGUACAGCUGUUUGUGUUUCAAAACGAACAAGCAGUGACGUCAAUAAAUCCGACCUGCACAAGGGACAACCUGCAACAAAAAAACCCCGCCUUGAUAAGCCUAAUCCAGUUAAUCAUUCCUUUGUCAUUCAAACGUCCAACAACUGUACACUCUGUAAGGAUCAACAACAUCCUUUAUUCAGAUGUGAAAAAUUUAGAAAUUUAGAGAUUAAAGACAGAGUAAAUGUCGUAAAAAAUGCAAAACUUUGUUACAAUUGCUUACGAUAUCAUCGAGAUGUCGAAUAUAAGGCUUGUACAUUAAAAACAUUGGGAAUUUCUUGGCAAAUUAAAGACGAUAACAUAACAUACAAUGUAAAUUCAAUAAAAACCGAUAAAAAAUUAACUAAAAGACACAUUUUGUCUGAAAUUGCCAAGAUCUUCGAUCCAUUGGGUUUAUUGGGACCUAUUAUUUUACAUGCCAAGGUAAUUAUGCAAAAAAUUUGGAAAGAAAAAUUGCACUGGGAUGAAUCAGUACCACCUGAAAUUCACCGAUUAUGGCUUAAAAAUCGUGUUGCAUUGGCUUAA